AUGCCGUCGUUCGAAUCUCGCCUCAACGCCAUCUCAAAAUGGCUAUCAGACUGCGACUGUCACCAUACUCGGUGUGUGGAAACACCAUCCGUUAGGCCACGAAGACUUCUGGAUUUAGAAGAAGCUGAAAGAACAAAAAGAAUCAGGUUAAUUGAGACCUCUGCUUCUGUCGGCACAGAUGUUCGCUAUGCUACUCUUAGUCACUGCUGGGGACCCAAGACCUCUAAGCCGCCACUUAAGACUACUUUGGAGAAUAUAACUCAUCAUUAUAAAGGUAUAUCAUUAGAUGAUUUGAACCUGAACUUUAGAGACGCAGUCGUAAUUGCUAUUAAGCUUGGUGUCCAGUACAUAUGGAUUGAUUCCCUCUGCAUCAUCCAAGACGACUAUAGCGACUGGGAAACUGAAGCAGAAAAGAUGGCAGACAUAUACCGUCAAAGCUAUAUCAACAUCGCUGCCUCUGCUGCACACGAUGCUCAUGGAGGCAUAGUUGAUUUAUCUUUUCUUCAUAUUUCCAAGGAUAUACCUACUGCCGUAAUUCGUUAUAGCCCUGGAGCCCCAACCGUACGAUACACAGGGGACGGAUCUUGUGAAGAACUGAUGAUUAGGCCAUCGGCACUAAAACAAGAAUACCGUGAACUUCUAUCCCGUAAAUCAUCCCCAUAUUUUGCAAGGGGCUGGGUCCUCCAAGAAGUCGCACUAGCGCCACGGACAGUAUAUUUUACAACCGAUCAAAUAAUGUGGCAAUGCCGAGAACUUUUUGAAUCAGAAGAUGGAACAUGGUCUGCCAAAAAUGUGAUUCCCGCGUUGGAUUACAGUUUUACAGUUGAAAACUGUUUCGACUUUACAAGCAAGGUCCGAGCUUAUUCUUUAUGGCAGAUGUGGUUGAAGUCAUAUGCGACACGAGAGCUCACAUAUCCUUCCGAUGCAGCGGCGGCGGCGGCAGGCUUAAUUAACUACUACAAAUCUGCUACUGGCCAUACACCCAUGCUUGGACUAUGGAAAGAAACACUACACGCUGAUUUAAAGUGGUCCGUUAGGGGUGGUCCAUUUAAGGGCUCUCGGCCAUCUAACAAAUUACCAACAAGCAGUUUUCCAUCUUGGUCUUGGUUAUGCAUGCUUCCGCGCGGUGAAUCUGGAGUUGGAUUCCAAAACAUUAUAUACUAUGACAAAAUAGUUCCGUCUCUUCGUAUUGAAGAAUGGGAAGAGAAAUGGAGCGGUCCUGCUUUUACAUCGAAGCUUGAGUACGCGAAGUUAGUGAUUUCAACUUUUGUACAGGAUGGCAUGCUUUCAGUCACACAGAAGGGAGAUGCAAAGGUUGAAGUGAAUGGAAGCCGUGCUUGGCAACAAUUCCCAACAAUCGAAUACCAGCUACCCCUAGGAUCAAAACAUGCUGUUAAACUAGCUCAUAUUGAGCAGGCCAUAUAUCGACACAAUGAUGGGAAAGCAUUUCAAUACCGUGAUAGCUAUCUUGUCUUGAGAAUGGCCGCGAGUGAUCCCCCGCGCUACGAGCGACUCGGGUUUGGUGAAUUGGACUGCUUCUCGAUGGAUGAUAACGUUGAUAAACCGGGCCCGACAGGCCACUUGGAGAGACAUUUCAUGGAAUCAGACCGGCAGAGCAUUGAAUUAGUAUAA